AUGGAACAGGCUGACUUCCCGAAGAAUAUAUCGCGAGGGUUCGCCAGCUUGCCAUUAGAGCUCUUCCUCAACGUUCUCGAUCAACUUGUGGGUACCCACAACGGCCAGCAUCCUGUAGCGUAUGCACCGUCAAACAUCAUCACCAAGACGUUGCGCGCACUCACUCUGGUGUCGCGCAACACUUAUCUUAUAGCAACACAGCUGGUCGAAGGGAACUACACGCCUUUGGUGCGACUACCCCAAAUUAUCGACCUCUUGAGCAAUUUGAUCUCGCUGAAGAGACUGGCUUUAGACCUCUCUCCGAUUUAUGCACCCCCAAGUGAGGUUGAGCAAAUCAGGCCACAUGUCACCGUCAACAGAGUCUUUUCACACAUGUCACACCUUGAAGAGCUCAUUGUCAGCUACGAUGUGGUCAACUACUUUCGACACCCACCGCCCAAUCUCAAACGGCUUGCCAUCACUACCCAAGAGAUGUCGGAUCUAGAAAUAGCAUUCUGUCUCAAGACCCCAUCCUUGCAAGCGCUUGUGAUGAUGCGACCCGUCAACCUAGCAGCGAAAACCAUCGACUCAAUAUUCAGAUCAUACGACGGGAAAAGUCUGGACGUUGUUCUGGUCGAUGUGAACUCGAACCAUCGGACACCCCACAAGACCCGGAACUGGACACAUCAAGAUACAGUACGUAUCUGGGAAGCUGAUGUACCGGUCAGCUUUUACGGCGAUGAGGACGACAUCAUUUUAUGCGAUGCUUGGAUAUGGAAUCACGGAGUAGGUGGUACCCUAUGGAGUCAAGACAAGCGGCGGAUGGCAUCAUGGGAAGAGAUUGAGAAGCGUCUGGCCGGACCAGUACACACCAUUGUUGAUUUGUAG